AUGUUCCACUUCCAAACGUUUAGCUUGGCCGUGUUGUGCGUAGCAUUGGCUCAGGCCAGGGUGCUGCCGAACAGUCCGGAGAACAUCGCCCGGCUUCGUCAGCUGCGUCCGGGCGAGCUGGCGGAAGAGCUGAGCGGUCAGUUCGAAGGCGAUAUAGUCCUAACUGAGGAGCAAGAGCGUGAUAUGUUGGCUAACAGACGGAAUGGGUUGAUUGCCGAAAUCGAUCGCUGGCCGAAUAAUGUCAUUCCAGUGCUUAUUCAGGAAGAGGACUUUACUCCGGAGCAGGUCGAGUACAUCAAACGUGGCAUGCGUCAGCUCGAGGCCGUCUCCUGCGUGAAGUUUGUGAAGUUCGAGGAGAAGCAUGAAGAUUUCGUGCGUCUCUCGGGCUACAAUUCCGGGUGCUACUCCUCGGUUGGCCGCCGGGGCCGAUCACAAGUCCUCAAUCUCCAACCGUACCCUAUCGAGUCGGGAUGCUUCAAUUUGGCGACGAUCAUGCAUGAAUUCCUGCACACGCUCGGCUUCUACCAUCAGCAGAGUGCCAGCGAUCGGGACGAGUAUGUCGACAUCAUCUGGGAGAACAUACAGGAGGGCAGGGAGCACAACUUCGAGAAAUUCUCGCCCCGGACGGUGACGGACUUUAACGUGCGCUACGACUACGGCAGUGUGAUGCACUACAGCGCGACCGCAUUCAGUAUGAAUGACCAGCCCACCAUCGUACCGAAGGAUCCUAAAGCUGAAAUCGGACAGCGUGUGGGAUUGAGCGAACGGGACAUUUCCAAGCUGAACCACAUGUACAAAUGUCUGGUAAAAGGCUAA